CGUUGCACCCAGCAGAUGGCAGCAGAUGGCAUACAACCAUUCUUUAGUCUACACAAACCCAUGCGCGCUUGCGCAGGUGUCAGUCAGACAAGAUGGCGACAAGCAAUGGUGGUGGAAUGGAAGUGGAUGGGGCAGCAAGCCCCAGCGUCAUGGCUUCUGGGGUAACGGGGAGUGUGUCUGUGGCCCUACAUCCGCUAGUCAUCCUCAACAUCUCAGAUCACUGGAUACGCAUUCGCUCGCAGGAGGGACGUCCAAUGCAGGUGAUUGGUGCUCUGAUUGGGAAGCAAGAGGGCAGAAACAUUGAGGUGAUGAACUCCUUUGAGCUUCUGUCCGCUACGGUGGAUGACCGAGUACACAUUGACAAAGAGUACUACUAUACUAAAGAAGAACAAUUUAAACAGGUUUUUAAGGAAAUGGAGUUUCUAGGCUGGUAUACAACAGGCGGCCCCUGUGACCAAUCAGAUAUCCACAUUCACAAGCAGAUUUGUGAGAUCAUUGAGAGUCCCCUUUUCCUCAAGCUUAACCCCAUGACAAAGCACACCGAUCUCCCUGUCAAUGUCUUCGAGUCGGUUAUUGAUAUCAUCAAUGGAGAGGCCACCAUGCUGUUUGCAGAGCUGGGCUACACUCUGGCCACAGAGGAGGCCGAGCGGAUAGGCGUGGACCACGUGGCCCGCAUGACUGCUACCGGCACAGGGGAGAACUCCACCGUGGCAGAGCACCUCAUCGCCCAACACAGUGCCAUUAAGAUGCUCCACAGUCGGGUGAAGGUGAUCCUGGAGUACGUCAAAGCAGUGGAAGCAGGUGAGGUGCCCUUCAACCAUGAGAUUCUCCGAGAGGCUAAUGCUCUGUGCCACCGGCUGCCCGUGCUCAGCACGCUCAAGUUCAAGACCGACUUCUACGAUCAAUGUAACGACGUGGGCCUGAUGGCUUACCUGGGCACCAUCACAAAGACCUGCAACAGCAUGAACCAGUUCAUCAAUAAAUUCAACGUCCUCUAUGACCGCCAGGGCAUCGGCCGAAGAAUGAGGGGGCUGUUCUUUUGAAGAAGGAAAAAAAACUGAAAAGGAAACCAUUAAAAAGCCCAAGGAUGGGAUGCCUUUGACUAUAGGAGAGAGAGGAUUCAGAAGAGGCAGCAUGCUCUCCAGAUCCUCAUUUGCUCGCUGGUGUCUUCACACUAACACCGUUAUUUAAAGAAAAACAAAAACAAAAAAUCCUUGAUUUAGUUGUCACAGUUAGGGGAUGAUUUAAAGCAGCCAAGUACAGCCGCUCAAGACUGGGUGACUAGCUGUACCAAAUGCAACAUGGGCAGGUCAAUUGUAAACGUAAUUGCGCACACAGACACACUCAUCUGUUUAGGUGUUGGAGUGUGCAUUUUGGUAUCUGGUACACUUGAACUUACGCAAAACUUCCAUUGUACUCUUUGGCUUUCUUUCUGUUGUUGUUGCUGAAAUUAUUCUUGUUUGUUCUUGAGAGAAAAAUAAAUGUCUACUGAUUUUG